CCCCGUACUCUCUAUCUCUCUCUUGCUGUUUUCUUGCUUUGGGAAUUGGCCCGUUUCCCUGUGUGGUCCUCCCACAUUGGGCUCUGUGGAGAUAAAAAGUAGAUCGCUGCAAAGGGAAGGAGGCCGGAGCAAUGAAGCUUUCCCCUUUGGUGAUUCUCUUUCAUUUCGCUGCAGCAGGGUCGAAAGGCAAGAUUUUCUCAAGAUGCCAUUUGGCCCAUAUUCUGCACAAUGCUAAGGUGGACGGAUACGAGGGCGUCCGCUUGGCUGACUUGGACCCCAACCCCCACCCACGCCGCCGAAAGAGAUUUUGGGGCUGAUGGAGGGAGGACUCACCAAGAACCACAAAAUUCCGGGGCUCUGUUUUGCUAUUCAUGUUAGUAAUCUGGAUAGCGGAGACAUCACUACGUUCAAAGGAACCCACAGGGAUUACGGGAUUUUCAAACUGAGCAACAGAGAUCAUUGCCGGGAUAAUUCCAGACACUCAUGGAAUGUCUGCCAAACCUGCUGCACUUAUUUCCUAAACGAAGACCUAUCAGAUGAUAUUCAAUGUCUUAAAAGACAUAUCAAGCACCACAAAGGGCUGGACACUUGGAAGGCUUGGAGGACACACUGUGCAAAAGGAGACAAUCUGCAGUACAUCAAGAAUUGUGGGCUCCCGGUUCCCAAAAAUGUCAGUUUAACUAUGAAAGAACCAUGAAAGAGAUAGAAAUAAGAAAAACGAAGGGCAGUAGAGAACAAAAGCAACUUCAAGAAAAGACUCAAAAUCCCAACGAAAGAGACAGGAAAUCAACCAACAACCCCAUCCCCCUCCCCCACACACACACAUACACAUUCCCCCCACCUCCAAACUUUCCUCUUUUUCCUCUUUUUUUUCUUAUCCCUUCUUCUUUUUCUUAACCCUUCACUCUUUUUCCUAAUUAUCUAAUUUUAUGAGGGUUGAAUGAAAAGUAAUGGCUCCAUCUUCGUUACUUGGGUUUGGAUGGGAAUAUUUUAAUAAACACAGAAAUAAUCCUUAGAA